AACAUGAACGUCAAAGAAGACACACUGCCGAGCUUGAGUGGAGUCGUCUUCUUCGCUGGUAGCUGAGCCACGGCGUCUGAAAGAGCUUCCUGCAAGUCAUCGGCACUGCCGUCUCCAUCUUUUAAAUUCUUCCUCUUUUCGUUUUUUUCUCUACGCAAACGAAGAUUUGCAGAGACAAUCCCGGCUGAGUUUCGGUUUUCACGGCAACUUAAGAAUUUUCUCGAGGAAAAUGGCGGUAAUUGCAUCGGCGCCGGGGAAGGUGUUGUUGACUGGAGGGUACCUGAUCUUGGACAGGCCAAAUGCAGGACUGGUACUUAGUACAACUGCCCGAUUCUAUGCUAUUCUGAAGCCGCUCUACGAAGAGCUCAAGCCUGAAAGCUGGGCAUGGACAUGGACUGAUGUCAAAGUAACAUCUCCUCAGCUCAUGAGAGAGAGCAUGUACAAAUUGUCUCUGAAAGAUUUAACCCUUCAGUGUGCAUCUUCAAGUGAAUCAAGGAACCCUUUUGUUGAGCAUGCAGUGGAAUAUGCUGUCGCUGCUGCACAUGCAACACUUGACAACCAUAAGAAGGCCACAUUUGAAAAACUUCUCUUGCAAGGUCUUGAUAUCACUAUCUUAGGUUCCAAUGACUUCUACUCGUACCGGAAUCAGAUUGAAGCACGUGGACUUCCUUUGACACCAGAAGCAUUGGCUGCACUUCCACCUUUUACAUCAAUUACAUUCAAUACAGAGGGAUCAAAUGGGGAAAAUUGCAAGCCUGAAGUAGCAAAAACUGGAUUAGGUUCAUCUGCAGCUAUGACUACUGCUGUUGUUGCUGCAUUACUUCACUACCUUGGCGUAGUCAACCUUAACUUCUCUGUUAGAGAUCAACUGGAAAAUGGUAAGGAUGAUUUUGAUGUGAUCCAUGUGAUUGCUCAAAGUGCUCAUUGUAUUGCCCAAGGAAAGGUUGGCAGUGGCUUCGAUGUCAGUUCCGCAGUUUAUGGUAGUCAGCGUUAUGUGCGGUUUUCACCAGAAGUACUUGCUUCUGCUCAGGUCUCUCUCUGUCUUUCCCCUGCAUGUCCGGUUAUGAUUCUUCUGCAGAAGUAGACUACCAUCUUUAUCCAAAUGUCGGUCAGCAGUUGACCAGGAUGUGACAAAGGCUGCUUCUUAAUAUUUUGUUACCUAAGUCUACAAAUCAUCCUAGCUACAUACUCAUUAAGAACUGCAGACUUCUGGUGGUGGUGGUGUAUGAUGUUUAUAUCUAGGCUACAUAACUAAGAGACACUAGUUCUAACAUUCUCCCUUACCCUGUCACUUUCAUCCAUAUAUGUGUGUGUGUGUGUGUGUGUAUUUAUGUACGUAUUGUAUGUAUAUGUAUAUAUUUACAUUGACAAAAACUACAUCCAAAACUUUCUGAAGCUCUGCACGCUUAGUAUGGAAUUUCUUGUCUGUGUUUCAGGCUGUGUUGAAAGCAAUGCCAUUACAGGAAGUCAUUGACAACAUUCUAAAAGCAAGAUGGGACCAUCAGAGGACCAAGUUUUCCUUGCCACCAUUAAUGACUCUUUUACUAGGGGAACCAGGAAGUGGAGGAUCAUCGACGCCAUCAAUGGUAGGUGCUGUAAAAAAAUGGCAAAAAUCUGAACCUCAGAAUUCCCAAGAAACGUUGAGAAAGCUUUCAGAGGCAAAUUCAGAACUUGAAACCCAUCUCAGUAGGUUAAGCAAAUUAGCUGAAGAACAUUGGGAUGCAUAUAGAUCUGUGAUUGAAAGUUGCAGCAGGCUUAAAUCAGAAGAGUGGAUGCAGCAAGCAAGUGAACCAGUCUCGCAAGCAGUUGUUAAAGCAUUGCUUGGUGCAAGGGAUGCUAUGCUUGGGAUCAGAAAUCACAUGAGACAGAUGGGCAAAGCAGCUGGUGUUCCAAUAGAACCUGACUCUCAGACUCAACUUCUGGAUGCUACCAUGAGUAUGGAAGGAGUUCUUUUGGCUGGAGUUCCUGGAGCAGGUGGAUUUGAUGCUAUAUUUGCUGUUACCUUAGGAGAUUCUAGCAACAACAUCACAAAAGCAUGGAGUUCACUGAACGUUCUAGCCUUGUUAGUCAGGGAAGAUCCUAAUGGCGUUACUUUGGAAACCAGUGAUCCUCGAAGUCUGUCAAUCACAUCAGCUGUUUCUUCAGUUCAUAUCAAGUAAGCUCAGUAUCUUAUCUUGUAGUUGAUAGGGUACCAUCACCAUUUUACAAUUUGGCAGCUUACAUGAUUCAUUAGAGGGCUUGUAUUGAAUUUGUGGAUUGGCUUUUGUUGGAGAAGGGUUUUGAUUUUCAAAGAAAAAAAUGAGAUAAAAAAAAUAAAAGUCCCUAGAAAGUAGUUCUUUUACGUGUUGUAAGCUCUUUGAAUAUUGUGCUAUAAAUUUCUCUUUAGACAGUCAUUGGAGUAUAUUCUGGUUGUCUAAUCUCCCUUGGAUAGACGAGUAAAAUUAGUUUGGUGCCAUUCCGUCUGGUGAAUCAUAAUCUUGUAAACACCUUCAUAAUCAGUAUUCGAAAUGUCACCUGAAACUAAACUGUGUUUGCUUCUUCUUCCCUCAACCAAGCUAAAUAGCGUUGUCUGGCCAUCUCCAUCCUAAUUUUAGCCCCCUCCUCCCAUCUCUGAGCUUUUGCAUACAUAUUUGACAAAACCAGACGAUCACCAGGAUUCUGUGAGUGGAGUUGGAAUAUAUACUUGGCUGCAAUCUCCCCUGUUUCCAUGUUAGAAUAAAGCGCGCAGGCAUUA